GGGUAGGAGGCAAAGUAGAUUGGAAACUCCAGGGACAACAACACGAGGAUGAUCAAGGAUUGAUGAGCACGUCCGAUGACCCCGUCAAGGACUACCACUUAUGAAGGUGUAAUUGUUGUGCAUCCUUGUUGACCCCCAAAGGUCGGGUUGAGCCUCUGCAGCACCGCCUCAUCGACUCGGCCAGCCGCCAAGAGAAAGCGCGAGAAAACCCUUUGAAAAGUUCUUCUCCGGUCAGCACGAGUCCCCGCAUUUGUUUGGAAGAGGCCUCAACUCCGGUUCACUUACCCCUCCAUCUACCCUCUUACCUGCCUGCCUGCCUGCCUGCCUAUUUAUUCAAGUAAUUGUCUGCGACGGGUCUCUACGGCUCAUCACCAUUUCAACCGAGUGGCUGCAACGUGGAAAAGGUCGAUCUGUUAGGUACCAUGAUGGCCUUGAUGAGCGGUGGUUUUGCCGUGAGCUCCAAACUGUCAUGAAGGUCACUUACUAAGCCAUCAACCUCUAUCUGAAGCCCUAGAACAAAAAAAUAGAAGACCAGUCCAUUCGAGAUUUGAAGUUGACAUCUUCAGUGUGGGAUUGGUUAGCGGUCUGACCGUGUGGGCGGAAUGUCCCAAGAAGAACCCCAAGUUAUGACGGGGUUGAUGCCAGAUGUCAAGUCCUCGGACGCGUCCACCACGUCUGAUUGCUAUUCCGCCGAUCCCUCCUCCGAGGGCUUAACCGGACUUGCAUCCUCGGAUUCACACACGCUGAAUGAGGGACCCUCGGACCAUCAUGACCUACGCCCUUCCGACUCGUCCGAAGGUUUGGCUGAUGCCAUGGGCAGCGGAGCCGGUGCUGGCAAUGGUGGCGGGCGAUUACGCCGCCUCAAAGACAGCCCACCCAUGACUCAAGUGGGAAGUGGAUUGCGUCGACCCCAGACGGGCGUGGGUAGCGGGCUACUCAAUCUAACCGAAGGGGCUGGUCCCAUCGUGCAGGGAGUCAUGGCGUUGCCUUGGUGGGGCCAGGAAGAGAAGGCCAUGGAUCUGUCCAAAGCUUUAGCUCUCAAAGUGCGCGAGACUUGCCAGACCGUUAAACACCUCACUGAUAUGAUGUACGUACUUCACUCGCAAGCCUUGGAAUCCGAAACAUUUGGCUUUCAAGUAGCCUUCCUUUUUGGCAGUCUGAGUCAAUUAGAGCUUGAAGGGGUCAAAUGCCGAAACAUCUUUCUGCGCAAGAUUCAAGAUGAUUUCAGCCGCCUCCCAGACCUGGAAAUCUCCACAAAAUUGAACUUAGUGACUUUGCUGUGUCAGGUCUUCCGACGUGUUAGGGUGGCAGAUGGAACCACCAUUGACGCGCUCUCGGGUCCCAUUAUGACGUGUCUCAUGGAUGUGUUGGACCAUCCCACUGACUCGAGUUUGAUCGUGUUUUCUAAACAAGUGCAGAUUGUGGGUCCUGAGUUACAACGCAUUGUCCCCGAAAAGUUUUCAGAGUUGUUGAAACGAGUGAGGUUAUGUCUAAUCCGAAGCCCGAGCUCGAAUCAAUCCCAAGCAUUAUCUGGCCCGGCCUUGGGCUGUAUCCUUCUUGUUCUUGAGCUAAGUUUAAGCCGCUGGAAACUGACUCAUACCUUGGAGGAUUUUUUUGCCCAAGAAAUGCCCACUUAUUCACGAUUCUCUCCCAUGGACGUGAGUAAUACUAAUAUCGUGCUGGACAAUUUGCCUCAUGUGGAAAAGGUGCCAUGCAACAAUACACAAGAGAAGAAUUUAGCUCUUCUGGCUGCCCUAGCUCUCCAGCAACCUCUUCCGAUUUCUUCUCCGAUGGACAUGCGUCCACCAAUGAUACUUCCGGAUGUGUCUGUGCCUCCUCCAAAUUUUCGUCCUAUUCAUCCUGGUAACACUAUGCCCCCUUCAGUGCAGAAACCGAUGGGGAAAAACUACGGGCCACCGGCAUUCCGAUCGGCCGGGGGUAUUUCAUCUUGGGAUGAAGAUCUACCGGGCGAAAUCGGAAAUCGUGCAAGUCACUUUGUAGAUCCCAUGCAAGCCCAAGAUCUGAACUCUUUCGGGGCCAUGGGAGACAGUUUUCUUGGACGAGAUGCCUUGGCUGUGCGCAAUGUCUCUCACCAACCACCAGGUAAUAAUAUCAUUCUGUCAGGAGGGCUGGGCGGUGCCUUGGGCAUGAACUCCCCCAGAAAUGAUUUUGGUCUCAUGGAAAGUCACUCGAGUAGUCUAGGCCCCCCAGCCACUGCACCAGCAGGCAUGGUCCCUUGGAGUACGGGGAGUAAUGAACGGCACCAAGAUCGGACUCCUUUCGGCGGAAAUUGGUCCAGAUCAAACUCCAUGAAGGAAAGUGAAACCAACUACCGUGGAAAAGGGUUGUCGAGGCGAAGUACCGAAAAUAACUCUUGGGGAUCUACUCCCUCCAAUUCGGAGUGGCAGAAUGAUUCAUCCACGUGGAACAAAGAUCCCACUCCACCUAUUUGGGGUGGCAGUGAAGAUCCGAGCCGAUUGUCCUCUGGCAGAGUGGGUGUGAGCGACUGGUCAUCUCAACAGCCAAUGCAACAACAACAGCCACCGCCCCAGCAACUACCCCCUCCCAUGUUGCACCAGCCGCAAAGGUCGAAUUUUGAGGCUCCACGCCGAGUGAGCUCGUUUACCGAGCCGUCCGUGUCCCGGGACUUUGACUACAACGUGCCCUCUGCGGGGGGCUCUUCUUCCUCCUCCUCCUCAAAACAGCUGAUCAGCGGAGCCACGAGCUGGAGUCCUGUGGCGGCACACGCCGAAGAGUCUUCGGGCUGGGGUACCCCUCCUAGGAAGGACACGAAUGGCUCGGGCUGGGGACAGAUGCCCUCCACAGUUCCGCCUAUGGGGUCUGGUGCCAACGGCAACAGCGAUGAUGCCACUCCAUACAGUAUAGAUACUUGGGGGGAAUCGGUUCCUAACAAUUCAAGCAGUUCGACCAAUAUUCACGUAUCAGCAAAACCUUGGGACGUGGACGACUAGUCACGGGUGGUGGGUGACCUUUCCCCUUGACACCCCUUCACAUUUAAAUUGACAACCGAUCCACCGCGAUCAUUCUCAUGUCAUCGGAAGUGAUUUUACAUGCUCAAUCAUCAGUCUUAUUCAUAACGUGGCUAUUGACGAUCGAUUCAUUAACCAUCAUCCUACUAUUAGAAUGGAGGUUUGUCUGCCGAUACUCCAGCCUUCACAGCGCUAUCUCCAUGAAUCUGUGCUUUACCUUAGGGUGGGAGCAUCAUCUAUAUUAUCAUUCACCAUCAUUUUGAUUACUAUUAUCAUUACCACUAUUACAAUCAGCAGCAUCUUCAUGAGCAUCGACGAACAUCAUUACCACCCCUAUUAUUAUAAUCACGCAUUAGCAGCAUUAGUACUACUUUUAUCGCGAUAAUAAUUGUCCGGUCUCAUCAACAUCCUUCUUGUGUUAUUGUUUCCUCAAGUCUUACCAAGUUCAUGCAUUCGCUGUUAACUACCUAAAGAAAUAAUAUAAAACUACUGGACUUA